UCAAAAUGGCGAAGAAGCGCUAGUUUCUUGUGCUUUCUGUAUUUGUUAUAAAAGUUGUAUAAGUGCUUAGUCUUACAUUGUUAUAUCAUGGAUAUAAGGAGAUUUUUCUGUGUACAAACGUCGACGAAGAAUAGCGACUCAAACGCGGGAAGUUCAAAAAAGAGCAGCGAAAAAGCAGCAGGUGGGAAAUCUGGAAAAUCAAAGGAAACUGCAAAACGGAGAAUAUCUAAGUCAUCCGAGUCUGAAGAGGACAGAAAACACAAAAAUAAACGCAAGAAAAGUAAAGUUAUCGUUGAAACAGAUUCUGAGGAAGAACCAUUACCAACAAAAAUAAGAAAAAAGGAUUCUGGAAGAAAGAAAAAUGAUAUUCGUAUUAGUUCAGAUGAAGAAGAUGCUCUUCCUCAGAGACUUCAAAAAACUGCAAAAAAUGAGCCACAAAAGAAGAAACCAUUAUCCAAACCAAAAGCUGCUGAGGUAACCCCAGCCAAGAGAGUUACGACUGCCUCGGAAUACUUUGGUGCAAAACCAAUCGAAAGAAGUUCAAAAAAGACACAGAAGAGAAAAGAGAGACCUCAGGAAGUUUCUGAAGAAUGUGCUGUUGUUGAAAGUAACAACAACAGUGAACCUACCACAAAUCAUUUAUCUCAUGAGAAUGAAUUACCAUCUGAGAAACCAUCAAAAAAGGCAAAGAAAUGCUUGCUCGAAGACACAGCUGAAAGGGCAACAAAAGUGGAGGAUAAGAUUGAUUUUUUACCAAAAAAGUCCCCAUCAUUAACUCCGAAAAAAUCAAAAAGCUCACAAAACAGGAAACAGGCAACUUCAAAGUCUGAAACUCCAGGAAAGUCUCACAAUAGUGUGAGCGCUUCAAAGGAAAUGAGUAAAACUAGUAAUAAGAACAAAACUAGAAAGACUGUUACUCCUGAAAAACAGAAAGCAAAGGAAAUGUCACCAAAAUCUGGAAACAAAACAACUGAAUGUAAACAGCGAACCUCGAAGAAAAACAUUACCCCAGAAAAGGUAACAUCUGCAAAGUCAAAGUUGCCUGUCCCAACCGCAGAUGAUAAAAAAGCAACGCCUAAUGGAAAAAUUGCUACAAAGAAGGAUCAGGUUAAUUCAACGCCAAGCAAGAAUGAAAACAAACAUUUGAGUGAAGAUGUCGUCCCAUCCUCAUUGGAAAGAAAAGCCUCAGGUUAUCGAAGUUUUAUGAUGCGUGAAGGACCGCAAGCUCUGGGCUCCAAAGAAAUUCCGAGGGGCAGCGAAACAUGUUUGGAAGGCAAGGUGUUUGUGAUCUCUGGUAUACUGGAGAGUAUCGAGAGAGAAGAUGCAGUUGACUUGAUCAAACGACAUGGUGGUAAGGUCACCCAAGCUGUUAGCAAGAAAACCAGUUAUCUUGUGGUCGGCAGAGAUCCUGGCAUGUCGAAAAUUGAGAAGGCAGAAAAGUUUGGAACAAAGCAAAUUGAUGACGAUGGAUUGUUUAAAAUGAUUAGAGCGUCUCAACCGACAGCCACCAAACCAGAUUUGAAAGAAAAACAGAGCAAUUUUAAUGACGAGAGUUCCAUUGAUCUCGAGUCCUCUCAAUUUACGGAGGAAAGCGAAAGUCAGGCGUCGGUGGAUCAGACCCAAAGUCAUGGCGGGCACAGUCAAUCAUCCGUUUUCUCAUCAUCUGCUUGUUCAACUCCUUCAACCAAAACACCGAUAUCUUCCCCUCUUCCAGCUGGUAAGGCACGAGACAGUUUGCUAUGGGUUGAUAAAUACAAACCAACAUCAAUUAAGGAUAUCAUUGGACAAAAAGGGGACAAAGGAAACGUGAAAAAACUUCUACGUUGGCUGCAAAACUGGCGGGAAAAUAAUCAAAAAUCAACAAAACCCAAAGGAGGAUAUUUUGCUGGUAAGGAAGACGGUUCGAUCUUCAAAGCAGCGUUAUUGUCUGGUCCACCUGGUGUUGGUAAGACCACAAGCGCUCAUUUAGUUUGCAAGGAGGCUGGCUUCUCGUUUGUCGAGUUCAACGCAAGUGAUUCUCGCAGCAAGAAAACAUUGGAACAGCAGAUUUCUGAGUUACUCGACAACAAAACUAUGGAUGGUUACUUCGGCGCUGCAGCGGGGAAGUCCUCAGGUACAAAACACGCUCUGGUUAUGGACGAGGUUGAUGGUAUGGCGGGAAAUGAGGACAGAGGAGGAAUGCAGGAACUUAUUAACCUCAUUAAAUCUACAAAAAUACCCAUCAUCUGCAUGUGUAACGAUAGAAACAGUCAGAAAGUUCGUAGCUUGGCUAACUACUGUUUUGAUCUUCGCUUCCAUCGUCCCAGAGUGGACCAGCUCAAGGCAGCUAUGAUGAGCAUUGCAUUCAAAGAACAGUUGAAAAUCUCGCCUCAAGCCAUGGAGAAAAUAGUUGUUGGAGCGAAUCAGGAUGUUCGCCAGGUGUUGUACAACCUUUCAAUGUGGACAUCAAAACAGAAAUCCAUAUCAUAUGACGAGGCGAAGGCUGAUGCUGACCGAGCCCACAAAGAUAUUAAAAUUGGACCGUUUGAUGUCACGAGGAAAAUCUUCAGUGCUGAAGAGAGUUCAAAGAUGAAAAUCCAAGAUCAGUUUUCUUUAUUCUUCAACGAUUAUUCGUUGAUUCCUUUGUUUUCGCAAGAGAAUUACCUCCAGGUUGUUCCGUAUCGCGCAGGAGGUGAUCUGAAGAAAACCUUGAAGUGUGUCAGCGAUGCAGCGGAGUCGUAUUGUCACUCUGAUCUUGUUGAGAAAUCUAUUCGUAGUAAUGGCAGUUGGAACUUACUACCAUUACAGGCUUUCUUCUCGUGUGUUUACCCUGGCGCGGUUAUGAGGGGAAGAAUGAGUCAAAGAAUUGAUUUUCCUUGCUGGCUUGGAAAGAAUUCAACGACUACAAAGAAUUCACGAAUCCUCCAAGAUCUCGUAAGCCAUGCUCAACUCAGCAUUUCUGGCAGUAAAAAUGAGUUAAACUUGGAGUAUAUUCCGCAUCUCCGGAAUGUUCUCAGCAGACCAUUAAUAAACGCGACCUCGGAGGAUUGCUCAUCAAAAGUUUCAGAAGUGAUUGAUGUGAUGGAUAGUUAUCACUUUGUGAAAGACGAUUGGGAUAACAUCAUGGAUGUUGGGUAUUAUGAUGGAAAGCGAAAACUUCAGGGAGAUAUUGAUUCGAAGGUAAAAUCGGCAUUCACUCGCACAUACAACAAAGCGUCUCAUUUAACGCCUUACGCCAUGAAUGUUGGCGCGAAAAAAACCAAAAAGAGCGCGGUGGAUCUGGAGACAGAGGGGCUGGGUACUGGAGAUACGCCAGAGGUCAGCGAUGACGACAGUAAUGAGGAAAUUGACCAGAGUUUUAAAGUGAAAAAGAGCGGGAAAACUGGAGGUAAAAAAUCGGGCAAUGCGCCCGCAGGAACUAGCAGUAAACAGGCCCGAGGAAAAGGGAGCGGAAAAAGUCGAGAUAAAACGAAAAAAUAAGUCGAUGAAAUAAUAAAAUAAAACCGAAGAUGGGCGGAAUCCUUCAGAAUGUUGACGCGAAAAACUAGAUCUCUGAAUUAUAUUUUUUCUUCUCAAUUCAAAACUAAGCCGAUAUCUAAGAUGGUACUGCACGAUACGAAAGCGAUGGGGUUUAGUUGACCCGUAUAAAAAUAGCUCAAUUUCAAGCUAGAGUAA